AUGCUGCGUCAGGAUGUUCACCAAUUUGGUCAGAAGCUGGUCCGCAGAAGGCCACUGGAACCCAGAGCAGGGGCUGAGAGUCGCCUGUCUCGUUGUCUGAACACUCUUGAUCUGGUGGCCUUGGGUGUGGGCAGCACCCUGGGGGCUGGAGUAUACAUCCUGGCUGGAGAGGUGGCCAAGAACAAAGCUGGACCAGCUAGCAUCAUCUGCUUCUUGGUGGCCACCCUGACUACUGUAUUGUCUGGACUCUGCUAUGCUGAGUUGGGGGCCUGGGUACCAAGUGCUGGUUCUGCAUAUCUCUACAGCUACAUCACCGUGGAACAGCUGUGUGCCUUCAUCAUUGGCUGGGACCUCAUACUGUCCUUAGUCAUUGGCACCACCAGUGUUUCCAGGGCCUGGAGCUAUGCCUUUGACAGCCUCACUGUGAACCACAUCUCUCAGGCAUUACAGAGAGUUUUCUCUCAGUAUAUACCUGCCUACCUGGCCACAUACCCAGACUUUUUGGCACUGGCCCUGGUGCUGCUACUUAUGGGAGUACUGAUUCUGGGAGCUCGUCAGUCAGCCCUGGUUACUAAAGUGUUCACGGGCAUCAACAUUUCAGUUCUCAGCCUCAUCAUCAUCUCUGGCUUCAUUAAGGGAGACCUGCACAACUGGAAGCUCACAGAACAGGACUACAAGCUGAAUACAUCUGGAUCCAAUGACACCUAUAGCUUGGGACCUCUGGGUUCUGGAGGGUUUCUGCCUUUUGGCUUUGAAGGGAUUCUCCAUGGAGCAGCAACAUGUGUCUAUGCUUUUCUUGGUUUUGACAUCAUUGCCACCACAGGGAGAGAAGCCCUAAACCCUCAUCAUUCCAUCCCCUGGAGCAUCAUGAUCACGAUCUUCAUCUGCUUUUUGCUGUAUUUUGGUGUCUCAGCGGCGCUCACCCUCAUGGUGCCCUACUACCUGAUUCACCCUGAGAGCCCCUUGCCACAGGCUUUUUUCCACAUUGGGUGGGACCCUGCCAGAUAUGUUGUGGCUAUUGGCACCCUCUGUGCUCUUACAUCCAGCCUCCUGGGUGUCUUGUUCCCCAUGCCCCGUGUGAUCUACUCAAUGGCAGAUGACGGGCUCCUUUUCCAGGGACUUGCCCGGAUCCACGCCAGCACCCGUACCCCCGUCACAGCCACCUUGGCUUCUGGAAUUCUUGCAGCGGUCAUGGCAUUACUCUUUGAGCUCAGAGAUCUUGUGGAGCUCUCAUCAAUUGGGACCCUGCUCGCUUAUAUCAUGGUGGCUUUUUCUGUUCUUGUUCUCAGAUACCAGCCAGACCAGAACUUAAGCAAGAAUGAGAAAGCAAACAAUGAAAUUGAGAUUUGUGAAUGUUACACAAGUUCUUUGGACCCUGUACCAGAAGCAGGAACCUCAUGGAUUCUAAAGAGACUAUGUGACCCUAUCCACACCACCCCCACCCAGAAAUCUGGCCAGAUUGUCUAUGGAUGUGCCUUCCUGCUUGUUCUCCUGCUGACCAUCCUGAGCCUGAUCCUGGCCCAGUGGCCCAGCCAGGUGUUCUCUGGAGACCCCGUGCUCACAACAGUGGCUGUGCUGCUGCUGUUGCUCAUCACUGGGGUCACAGUCAUCAUCUGGAGGCAGCCCCAGGACCCCUCUCCUCUUCCGUUCAGGGUCCCUGCUCUGCCUGUCCUCCCACUGGUGAGCAUCUUUGUGAAUGUUUACCUGAUGAUGCAGAUGACCUCUGGGACCUGGGCCCAAUUUGGGGGUCUGGAAUGUGAUUGGAUCUGUCAUAUACUUAGGAUAAGGGAUCCGACACAGCUUGGAGAACAAUGA